AUGAAGAUUUGGGUGCUCCUCCUGCUGGUGGCGGUGGCCAGUGCCAAGGUGUUCGACAGAUGCGAGCUGGCGAGAACGCUGAAAACAGCUGGAAUGUCCGGCUUCAAAGGUGUCAGUCUGGCUAACUGGGUUUGCCUGGCCAACGCAGAGUCCAGCUUCAAUACUCGAAUCACCAACAAAAACUCUGACGGAUCAACAGACUAUGGCAUUUUCCAGAUUAACAAUCGCUGGUGGUGCUCUGAUGGCCAGUUCCCCAGCCACUGUGGCCUUCCUCCAACAGAGCUACUGACUGAUAACAUCUCCACUGCCACCCAGUGUGCCAAGACCAUAGUGAGUCAGCAGGGCAUCUCAGCAUGCACAAUGAAGAUUUGGGUGUUCCUCCUGCUGGUGGCGGUGGCCAGUGCCAAGGUGUUCGACAGAUGUGAAUUGGCGAGAACGCUGAAAGCAGCUGGAAUGUCCGGCUUCAAGAACGUCAGUCUGGCUGACUGGGUUUGCACGGCCUAUGCGGAGUCCAGGUACAACACGCAGGCCACCAACAGAAACACUGACGGUUCAACGGACUAUGGCAUUUUCCAGAUCAACAAUCGCUGGUGGUGCUCUAAUGGCCAGUUUCCCAGCUACAACGGCUGUCGAAUCUCCUGCAGCCAACUACUGACUAAUGACAUCUCCACUGCCAUCCAGUGUGCCAAGAUCAUUGUGAGUCAGCAGGGCAUCUCAGCAUGGGUGGGGUGGCGUAAUACAUGUGAGAACAAAGAUGUGAGCCAGUACAUCGCAGGUUGUGGAGUUCAAAUGAAGAGCGCUGAAUGAUGGAUUGUAAGCUUAAUUAACUGCAUCUUGUAAAUAAUAUUGUAGCGCAAUGUUUUUUUCUCAUAAAUUAUUAAAAUGAAUUGUGCUAUAUUUGCUAAACUCAAAUCAUAUAAGGCAGAACAUAAUAAUUUUUAUUUUGUUUAACAUCAUGUGCAAAAGUUAUGCAAUAUAUUAUGCAAGCUUUAAGAAGAAAGCAUGCUGCAGAUAGCAAAGGGGAAAUGAAUGAUUACUAGCAUUACAGCUUUACAAUCAUUAUCAAACUUUAAUAAUCAAGACUUGUAUAUGUCAACAUGAGAAAAGCAUCAAAUAAAUAGCUAGAACAUGCAAAGAUGUUCUAGGUUUCUUCUGUUUUCAACCAAUAAUUUACAAUAAUGGAGAGCUGGCUGGCUAUAGUUUCCUAUGUAUAUUCUGCAGGGUGUAGACGAGAAGUUCAAAGGCUGUAUACAAGAUUUUUUAAUCUAUAAAUAAAGUGUGAAUUAAAGAAA